GGCAGUCGGGUUUGGGCUGCCACAGAGGGAAGGUGCACCAGUCGUCUGCUCUUGCAAUUACACUCGCCACCACUCUUACACAUCCACCGUGAUCUGCAACGGUCUUUGAAACUUAUAAUAUUUAUAAAAUACCUUACAAGUAUAAUCAUUGAUAAAAACUGUUAUUCAGCUCAUGUCACUAGAGUUAAAAGUUUUGGCUGUGAUAUAAAAUUCGACCCCACCAGUGCCUACUAGUACUACUGACCUGCUGAUAGUGCCCAAGCUGUGAUAAUUUUAUACUGUUAGUGGGGUUUAUAAAUGAAAAUAGUGUGGUAGACUUUCUAAGAGUGUUGAGUGUGGUCGGCGUCGUAAGGUCGUCUGCUAACAGCUGACUGAGGCGCAGCAACACCACCAUGUAUAACGUCUCUCGCGGCCCCAGCAGGAUCAUAAACAGAACCAGGAGGGAUUUAAGUCAGAAACUAGAAAGUUUAGAUCAAGUCCGGGAGUUGACAAGGAAGAACUCGGUGACAGAGGACGCGGAACACACUACUAUGAGCUCUCCGCGGCCCGUGUUCCAGUCUGUUGGCGGAGGCAACAAGGGGGGACGCUCCACCAAUGGCCGUGCGCAACCACAUGACACUAUCACGCCUCAACACGAAGAACUAAUCCGGUUUUUCAACGACUCAUGGGGUAGGGUGUGUAAAGAGCUGGAGAUGGGCAGACAGAACGGCCAUGAUGCCAGAGGUGAGAUGUACAGUACAUACAACAGGAAUGGAAUUGCUUAUUACCAAGAAAAGACUGAACAUCCAGCAUUACAAGAUUUUAAACCAUUUGACUUGGAGGCAUGGUGGGGCAAGAGAAUUUAUCAGAAUUUGACCCAGUCCACCUAAAACAUCCAUACCUACAAUAUUUAAUACUGUACCAGGCAACUUGUGCCCGACCUUUUGUCAAAUUAGCACUACUGUAUUAUCUUUCAGAACUCUGUACUAACCACACAGUAAAUACUUAUACAGAGGUUACUGAAAUUGAGUCUCAUAAGUUAGCAAAUACUGCCUCUGUUUAUGCAUCAUUGCUGAGUUUGUGGAUUUGCUUUGUUGAUUGCAAUUUUCUAAGUACAGGUAUUUUGACAGAAGCUCAAAAUGCAAAUACUGUAUCAAGCUCAGAAAAUUUCUUGUCAUUUCUCACAUUUUCAACAGGAUAAAAAAAAAAUCCAAAUGUCAUGUGUCAGUAUUGCAGGUCAGUGAUAAGGAGGCAUUUAAAAUAAUUUCUUUUUUUAUAAUUGCAGACUGAUAAAACUGAGUAAUUCAGAUGUAUGAAAGAACAGGACAGAUGAAUUGUAUGAGUAGUUUUCCCAGAUGCUGGGAAAUAGCAUUGUAGCAGAUGAGUAGGUAAUAUGAGAUAGUUACUUUGUAGCAUUCCAAACAAAAGUGGGAUACAUCCAGAUAUUUGGAAUCAUACUUUGGCAUAUAUUCAUUAAACCCAUUCAAGCUAUAGACUUACAGCUCUGAUUAUCAUUAGUGCACUGUCCUUGUAUGCCGGUGUCGUACAUAUACAGUACCCUUCAUAUGAGCCACCGAUUAUUUUUUCUUCUUGCAAGGAAGAAAAAAUUCUCAAAUUGUUUUACUUGAUAAGUUAAAUAAGAGUUCAAAAGUACUUGUAAUUAGUAAAGUACUGAUAGUUCUGGGAAUGUGAGUGUAUUGCUUGUUAUGUAUUUUUUGAAUAUAUGACCCAGUGUUAUGGAUAAAGUACAGUAGUGGAUGCUGAUGUGAACUACAUUCUUGCACCAAGUAUGUAUUUUUGGGAUUUUCCAAUGACUUGUACAUUUUAAGUGUGGCAGGUUAAGAAAUAUUAUAUAUUUCUGAGUCUACUUGCUAUACAUGUACAGUACAAAACCACCAUUGACAAAUGCCACCUGAAUGACAAGAACUGGCUAUUAAAACCAGCUAUUUUUUAGAUUACUAGCAGUUGCAGUUAGUUGGGAGUCUCAUGAGAUAUUUGAAACUUCUUAGAUGUAAAAUCUGUCUUGUUUUUGCACAUAUUACAUCUCUCAAAACUAUUGGGCUCUUAUCCAAAGAUUUCAAAUAGUUUGUGUAUUUUGUGAAAUUUAUAUUCUUAACACUUCUGGCAAGAUUUAUAUAAUAUUUUACAUCAAAAUUUUAGCAGUUUAUGAUCAGCCUCCAGCACAAAACCAAGUACUGUAAAUGUUUGAAUUGAUAAUCAGCAAGUCAUAGAUAGGUAUGGUAAACAUUCACUUGUAAUAUUACAAACUGCAUCGAGUAAUUUAACAAAUGACAAUUUCUUCAUAUGUUAUCCACCUUUUCAUCUAGUUGAUCUAUAUCAUGUGAAUGUUCUUCAUAAUUGUUUGUAUUGUUUUCUUCAGAACAAUUUGACAUAAUUAUUUUACCAAUUUACUUACAAAGAAAAUAGAAACUGAUUGGAUAACUAUGGAUCUAAAACAGAGAGCACUGUUUGAGAGACUGUGAAUGUGUUUGUCUGUGUGAGUGUUUCUUUCUCUCUUCCAUGUUAAAACAGUUUAACUUUUUCUUUGCCAGUAAAUUGCCUAUCUAUGGGCUAAAAUCUACCAUAUAAUGAGUAAUUUUGGAGGGGAAUUGUGAACAAAAAUUUGUACAAGGUGUUUUAAAUACACAUAAUUUUAAAUAUUUAGUCUGAUUUUUGUAAAUAUUUUUACUGUAUUGAAAAUGCAGAAAAACCUGUUUAAUUUGACAAUUGCUCCAAAAGGGUGCUUAAAUACUUAAAUUGUCAAAUUAUGCUUUACAUUGUCUUGAGAAAAUUACUUCAGGUUUCCACUACAGAAAAAGAGUAUCCUGUAUAAUCAUCAUACAAGGUACAACUUGUGCAGUUACUACACUUGAUGAACUUUUGUUUGCAUAAUACUUCUCCUACAGAAUGUCCAAAUUCUUUUACAAAUAUAGUACUGUAUUUUCCCAUUAACUUGUCAUACUGUAGUUAUUUUAUAUACAUAGUGUAAAAGAUUAUAAAAAUGUCCUGAAUUUUAAGCAAAGAGAGUCAAGCUAGAAGGGUUUCUCUGUAUUUUUACUUUUUCAACCUUUAAAUAGCUAAUUUCUGGUAUGGAAGUUUUAAAAGAUGAUAUUUAAGCAUCUGAUGAAAUGUGUUUAUGUACAAGUUCAAUUCCCAUGGUUGGAAUUCAUUUUUGGGAAGAAAAACCAAAAUUAUUUUUUCAUGAGGCCCCAACUGUGGUACUGCCUGUAUGUCAGGUGUUUCCCAUGUCGAGUGUCAGUUGGAUGAAGGGGUUAUCUCCCUGAGGAACUAAAACUCACCAGUCCUACCGUGUUUGUAUUGAGUAUGAUGUAUUGAUUUAACAACUGCUGCCAUAAAAUGUGUAGUAUAUUGUCAUAGCUUUUAUAUAUUUUUUUAUUGUAUUGUAUAUCCUGGCCAUAUGUGAUACAAUAGUUGAAGAACCAAAGUGAGCUCAGUUCCUUGGGGGCACAACCUAAUCGUUUAGUCUGUGAUAUUAUUUUGUUUCCUCUUGUGAGGCAUCUCGCAAAUUGAGACAAAGUAUUUUGAACCAAUCUUGAUGCUGGAUAUCUUUGACCUGACAUAAUUUGUACAAAUAAACACAUAAAAUAUU